AUGUCCUUCGUCCAGAGACAGUUUUCAGUGUCAAGUCAGAGCAGAGAAUCUCAAGGCAGAGACUCGUUAGGCGCCAUGAAGGGCUUUUUCGUCAUUCCAGGUAAAACAAAAACUGCGUCUGCGGACGAUGAGACCGAGACUUCGUCUAUGCUUUUUAACGAAGACGACGAUACGUCUCUAACAAAUGAGCAAACUUUCGCGGAUGAGAUGCUCCACUUGAUGGAAUUCGUCGACAGCUGGACGAGUCUUGAAAUUGGAGACACGAACACUUCCUUUACUGUAAUUGCCUCGAUCGUCCUGGGCGCCAUUUGGAUUUCCGUUCUCUUUUCCUACACUGUCAGAUUUUACUUGACUCACAAGGGCCAGCGAAAGCUGCACAGCCAGGAUAUCCAGAAAAUAUUCGACAAGAAAUACGCCGGCAGACUAGAUGAUCAUACGUCGAUUCUGAAUAAAAUGUGGUCCGAAGAUGCAAUAAGAAGAAUGCAAGAACAACCGAGUGAAACCGCCGGAAGACUAAGUAUUAUUUCCCUGGCGACAAUGGACGUUGCAGACCAGUGGAAAUCGCACUCUGCGCGAUUACGCCGAGCGCAAAGGAAGGUUUCCGCCGUUCGACAAUUUCUCAAAAAAGAUUGA